GGCAACGUCCUGGUGAUGCUGUCAAUCAAAGUCAAUCGCCACCUCCAGACAGUCAACAACUACUUCCUGUUCAGCCUGGCGUGUGCUGACCUCAUCAUCGGUCUGCUCUCCAUGAACCUCUACACCCUCUAUAUCGUCAAGGGCUACUGGCCCCUGGGUGCGGUCAUCUGUGACCUGUGGUUGGCCUUGGACUACGUGGUCAGCAACGCUUCGGUUAUGAACCUCCUGAUCAUCUGCUUCGACCGCUACUUCUGCGUGACCCGACCAUUGACCUACCCAUCCAGGCGGACCACCAGACUGGCUGGGCUGAUGAUCGCAGCAGCCUGGCUCCUGUCUCUGUUCCUUUGGGCCCCGGCCAUCCUCUUCUGGCAGUCCUUCGUCGGCAAACGGAUCGUCCCUGAUGGGGAGUGCUACAUCCAGCUCCUGUCCAAACCCUCGGUUACACUGGGGAUGACGCUAUCUGCAUUCUACCUGCCAGCGGUCAUCAUGAUUGUCCUGUACACCCGGAUCUCCUUUGCCAGCCGCAGUCGCCUCACUGCAGAGCUGCAUAGUAGCAGAGCGAGGACCUCUAGUGGACGACCGAAACAAAGCUGCCAUCUGAAGAGGAGCUGCGUCUCAACCCAGACAGACACUGAGCCAAAGAGCGACUUGGCCAUUUCCAUCGAAGCAGAGACGAGUGUCUGCGCUAAGCAGGGGAUUAUCAAGGCCCUGAAAGACUCUACAGACUCUGCUACCAAGGUCUCCCAGCCAAGCUCUAUCCUUAAUGGCUCCAAUACAACUAGUCAGCUCAGAAAAAUGUUUUCCCCAUUUCCCAGCUUCAGUAAGACCCAGGUGAAGAGGAGAAGGUUUGUAGCGAGGGAGAGGAAAGUGACCAAGACUAUUUUUGCUAUUCUCCUGGCCUUCAUUCUCACCUGGACUCCUUAUAGCGUCAUGGCCAUCAUUGGCACCUACUGUCACUUCUGCGUCCCAGACACAGCGUGGACCAUGGGCUACUGGCUGUGUUAUAUCAACAGCACAGUCAACCCAGCGUGCUAUGCACUGUGUAAUGUCACCUUCAGAAAGACCUUCAAGAACCUACUGAGGUGUCAGUACAGAAACACAGGUGUUGAAGUGAGGAUGAUGUGA